AUGCCGUGGCAACCUAAACUUCGUCCCAAGGGUUUCCCACAUAGUCUUGAUGACUUUGCUGUGGCUUCGUUGUCGGAGUUGGAGCAUCGUUCCAGGACGGGCGAGGAGAAACGCGACCAGCGAGUUUUCCGGGUUAAGCGGAAGCAUGUCCUAAAAGCCUGUGAUCGCUGUCGGGUUAAGAAGACCAAGUGCGAUGGUAAACAGCCUUGCAAUCGCUGUUCGGUAUAUAAUCAUCCAUGUUUAUUCCGUGAGAGGAAAGCGACUCAGACAAAAGUGUAUUCUCGAGGGUUUGUCGAGAUGCUCGAAUCACAUCACUCACUGGUCGUCAAAGCCCUUCAAAAGCUAUACAAGUUCUGCAUCGACAAGGAAGACUUCCCGGGCGAACCACUCGCGGAAGCCCCAGACGGCCAUCCACUCACACACGCUAUCCUCGAUCGACUAGGUCUCAUCAAACAAGCCGAAGACAACGCAGACGAGCCAGAAGAAGACUCUGAAGAUCUGCGGUACUUACGACUACUCUCUACAUCAACGGAAUGCAGUGCCACGGCAGAACCCUCCCCAGAACCAACUACACCUCCCGAACCUUCACCAACGACACUCUCCUCGCGUGCCUCGAUCUGCAAUUCCCUCCUCACUCCCAUGACGAGUCGAAGUAACUCAAAUUGGCAGUGGGAUAUGCCCACAGUCCCACAGGCCGGUUACAGUUAUCUAGAUUCCGGCUUCCAGGAUAUACUCGCCAUGCAACACAGACCAUCGAUCACGUCCGCGGAUCUAAGUGCGGGUGAAAUCUCACCUCAUGUCGAUAUCCCCCCUGGAUCUUCGAUUUCACAUGGCCUACAACCACAUGAGCAGCAAUCUUUUGCAUACUUUCUUGAUGGAGGUUGCAAUGCGGCUGAUCCGUCUAAUGCUAAGACUGCCGUUCGAUUACACACCGGGAUCAUGCCCGAGUCACAUCAUCAUGAGAUGAAUGGUUUGUCGAGUGCUUUGCUCGGUGACUUUCAUUUUACCACACAUGAGCCGUCACUUUACCCUGGCUUUACGCCCGGUUGGUCAUUUCCCUCUGCAUGA